CGAACACACACUGAACCACAAGAGCAAAAAAAAAAAAAAAAAAAAAAAGUGAGAGAGGGAGAGGGAGAGGUGAUUGAGUGAUCGAGUUGCGCGGGUGUGGGGCGCGGGCUGCGUGGUGUGUGUGGACUUGACACUGGCGGCGAGAACGGUGGUGGUAGUGGUGGUGGUGGUUUUUGAGGGGCUUGGCUACGAAGCGUCAUGGCAGGUUCGGGGGAAAUCGAUGUGAGCAAGUUUUUCAAGGCUGUGAUUGCCGGUGACUUUGGCGUGGUGGAGCGCGGGUUGUCCGAGGGCAUCAAGCCGGACGUGACAGACCGCGAUGGCUGGACAGCAGCGGGGCGUGCCGUUCAAAAGAACCGUAGCGGUGUCCUUCAGCUUAUGCUUGAGCAUGGUCUGGACGCCAACUUGAGUGGGUCCUCGGGCAUCACCCUGCUGCAUGUGGCUGCAGCCGCCAACAAGCCACUGAUGUGUAAAAUGCUAUUGCAGGCAGGCGCCGAUGCCAAUGUUAAAAAUGAAUUGGGCCGCACGCCCCUGGACGUUGCACAGCCGGAUGCGCUCGAGCUCUUGACGCAUGCGCUCAAGGGCAAUGUAGAGCCUGUGGUUGGAGACGCAGACUAUUAUGUGGAUGGUGAACAAGUUUACUGUCAGGACAAGCAUGGCUUCUGGUGGCCUGCCGUGGUCACCGAGGUCAAACCUGGCAACUGGUACAACGCUCACUUUCCCGGCUACGGUCGCCGGGAGGACGUGACAGUCAAGGCUGAAGGCUUGAUGAAAAUUAAUCGUGCCACGGUUACUCGUUUUGAGGAGCAACGCGAAGCGCACCAGAUUCAGACAAAGCCAACACUGACCUCUGGCGCUGGGGCCACGCCCACCGGCCCAGGAUCGGUGAAACGGCGCGCUUCUACCAGCAGCAAGCCAGCCGCUUCCCCCACCCCUAAAAGCACCCCCAACGGCAACAAAGCACCGGCAGGCAAACGAAAGAAACUUGUUCCCAACGCUUCGAGCUCUGAGAAUGUCGCACCCAACCCCUUGGUGGGCAACGUCACCCGAGUGAUUGAGCUGCUCCGACAACAUCAGGAGGACCUGCUACAUCAAGCAGAUUCGAUGAAUGGCGGUAGCAACGAGGCAGAUCGGCAUGCCAGUACCACGAGCCAAGCUAACUCCGCUCAGCAAGCGACCAUUACUCGCCUGGAACACGAAUUGCAGUCGUCCCAAGCGGAGACGCGACAAGUGCGAUCCCUCUUGGAUGCCGAACGUCGCGAGGUGCUGGCCCGCGACGAAACAAUUCGUUCUUUGACCAGCCAGCUCGCCACGAUCGAGAACGAUGCCAAGCGUGACGUUCGUGCUGCCGAGGCUCGUCUGUCCGCUGCCGAAAAGGCUGCUGAAGAGAAGGCCGCCGCGGCUAAUGCUCUGGCAGCCUCCAACGAUUUACGAGAGAAGAACAAACAGAUCGGGCAGCUCAAGAGUGAACUCGCUCAGGUGACUGCUCAGAUCAACUAUUAUAAGCGCAAGUACGAGGAGGCCAGUACCGCUCUCCAGAAUACACAUGCCACACCCGAAGCCACGGCUUCGGGAUCCCAUGACUCCCAUGACUCAAGUCCCGCAGACUCGACGACACGACCAGCACAACCCUCUUCACUUCCAACCGUGCCCAUCCCCUCGAUCGCACCCGGCGCUGAGGCCUCGGGCGCGCCCAAACCGAGUACCACAACCCCUUUUCGACGUGCGGGUCCCGGAAAGAUUCUAGGCAACCGACCAGAAUCAGAAGAUGACGACGAGGAUGACGAUGACGACGACGAUGAAGACGACGACAAGGAGGAGACCACUGCUGAUGUAGCUCAAAAUAAGGUGCACGACGAAGAAUUGGCAGCCAACAAAGCCAGCGAGGCGGACGUGACUCCGACGAAUGCAAUGCCUGCCCCGAAAGAUGAGGCUGCGUGAGAAUAUAACAGAGCCAGGCUUUCAUACGACCAAAGGGGAUGCGUUGGUCGGGCUGUCAGGCUUGAAUGAAAUGUAACAAUUUUCUCUCCAUUUACAUGUAAUUUCGAAUCGAUGAUUUGGUGGGG